UGCCAAGCCUACAUCUCCUUGGAGGUUUGCUUCAGCAGCGCCUCCAUCCUCACCGUGUCUGCCAUCAACAUCGAACGCUAUUAUUACAUCGUCCACCCCAUGAGAUACGAAGUCAAGAUGACCUUGGGUCUGGCCAUCUCCGUCCUCAUCUUCAUCUGGCUCCAGGCGUCCUUGACUUCCACCGUGCCCUUCCUACCGUCGGCCAGCACCGGCUCCAACAAUGCCAGCCUGGUCAAUGCCACCCGCUGUUCCCUGCAGAGGAAUGCUGGAGGACACAAGAAAGUCUUCAUCACCUUCUUUGUCUUGGUCUAUUUUGUGUUGCCUCUGGUCAUCAUAGUGACAGUCUACUGCAAUGUCUUCAAGGUGGCCCGGAUAGCUGCCAUGCAGCAUGGACCUCUACCUUCCUGGGCAGCAAGUCCACGCCAGAGGUCCAAUUCCACUGGCAGUAGAACCAACAUCAUGCCAGGGGACAGGUCCCAUAGAGGCUCCCCAGACAGGACGUUGGGGGGAGCAAAAGCAGCCUUCACCCUCAUGAUCAUAGGUGGCCAGUUUGUCAUGUGCUGGUUUCCUUACUUUGUCUAUCAUGUCCAAAACGCCCUGGAGAACAACUCCUACAAAGCAUCUGGAACCAAGUGGGAGAACAUUGUCAAGUGGCUUGCCUACACCUCCUUUACCAUCAAUCCUUUCUUUUAUGGUUGUCUGAACAGGCAGAUCCGAACUGAACUUGCCAGGAUCCCCAAAUGUUUCUUAAAACAGUCUUUGGAUGAGCAGCUAGGCCUCUCCAGCCAUGAAGGGUCUGUAGAGGAGAACUUUCUUCAGUUCCUUCAAAGAACUAGCUGUGUGGUGGACAGAAGAAACAGCUUCCCCACAUCUACUGCCUCCAGGCUGCUUGUCAAUCAAAGUACUUUGAGUUUUAGAAUCCCAGGGCAAAUUUUGGAAGAAAACCCCAGAGCUGAUGGAACAGGAUUCCGCGGAAGGUUUCAGAAGUCUACAGAUGUGUACAAAGCAAGGAAACAGCCUGGGGCCAACAAAGUGAAGUUACCUUUUUUUGGUGACUUUUUUUAUGGGUUGAUUGAUAACUUGACCAAAUGUGUCCCAUGA